ACCAAGUCUCCAUUGCCUUUGCGGUCAUCUUAGAUUCUUAAAAUUUCUUAAAAUAUUUUAAACGUCACCAUGAAAUUCUUCAGCCUUUUUCCUGUAAUUCUUGUUGUCGUGGCCUGCUUGACCGUGCGCUCCAAUGCUGCUCCCCCUGCUGGGGAUGAGGUAGACCAUCAUCCCGACUAUGUCGAUGGAGUGGAAGCUCUCCGCCAGUUAGAACCUGAAUUACAUGGCCGUUAUAAGAGAGCCACUUGCGAUUUGUUGAGCAUGUGGAAUGUCAAUCAUAGUGCUUGCGCUGCCCAUUGCUUGCUUCUUGGAAAGAGUGGUGGUCGCUGUAAUGAUGAUGCGGUUUGCGUUUGUCGUAAAUAAGAUAAUGGUGAAUUAUGCUUCAACCAAAUAAAUUUUAAAUAAAAUAACCGGCAAAAG